AUGACCACUCACCAAUGCAUAAAUAAACAAGAUGAUGAGAAUUGGUUGUACCUCAUCAUUUCAGUGCAAGAAAAUAUGGCUUCCGAAGCACACAAGCCACACUUCGUCUUGUUCCCAUUGAUGGCUCCAGGCCACAUGAAUCCCAUGAUGGACAUCGCAAAAAUAUUGGUCCACAGCAAUGUUAUUGUGACAGUAGUCACAACACCUCACAAUGCAGCACGUUUCACAUCAGUCUUUGAUCGUUAUUUCGAAUCUGGGUUUCGAAUCAGAUUAGCUCAACUAGAAUUCCCAUGCAAAGAAGGUGGAGUACCUGAUGGAUGCGAGAAUCUCGAUAUGAUACCUUCACUUGGCAUGGCCGCGGCUUUCUUCAAAGCAACAACCCUUCUGCAGCAACCAGCUGAAAAACUCUUCGAAGAGUUAACACCACCACCAUGCUGCAUAAUAUCUGAUAUGUGUUUACCAUACACAAUUCACAUCGCCAAAAGACACAACAUUCCCAGGAUCUCUUUUGUUGGAGCAAGUUGCUUUUGUCUUUUAUGUCUGCAUAAUAUACGCAUCUAUAAUGUUGAGGAUAGCUUAACUUCCGAGUCGGAGUACUUUGUUUUGCCUGGUAUCCCUGACAAGAUUGAAAUGACCAUAGCACAGGCAGCACAACCGAUCAAUGAAACAUGGAAAAAGUUUCGUAGUGAAAUUAUGGCAGCAGAAAUGGCUAGUUAUGGGAUAAUCAUGAAUUCUUUUGAAGAGUUGGAGCCAGCAUAUGCAAGGGACUACAAGAAGGUUAGAGGAGAAAAAGUGUGGUGUAUAGGUCCUGUGUCACUUGUUAACAAGGAUCACUUGGAUAAGGCUCAAAGAGGAAGGGGUUCAAUUGAUGUGUCACCACACGUUAAAUGGCUUGAUUGUCAGAAGCCAGGGAGCGUAAUCUAUGCAUGCCUUGGAAGCCUUUGCAAUUUAACGCCACCACAAUUGAUAGAGCUUGGUUUAGCCUUAGAAGCAUCAGAAAGACCCUUUAUUUGGGUCAUCAGGGAAGGAAGUCAUUCAGAAGGGUUGGAAAAGUGGAUUAAUGAAUAUGGAUUUGAGGAAAGGACCAAUGGUAGAAGCCUUCUGAUUCGAGGUUGGGCUCCUCAGUUGUUAAUAUUAUCUCACCCUGCUAUUGGAGGCUUCAUAACACACUGUGGUUGGAACUCUACCUUAGAAGCUAUUUGUUCUGGGGUUCCAAUGGUGACGUGGCCACUAUUUGCGGAUCAGUUUUUGAAUGAAAGUCUAGUGGUGCAUGUACUAAAAGUUGGAGUAACGGUUGGGGCGAAAAGUCCUGUUACAUGGGGCAAGGAAGAGGAAAUUGGUGUGAUGGUAAAGAAGGAAGAUGUUGAAAGGGCAAUAAUGGAGUUGAUGGAUGAGACAAGCGAGAGUGAAGAAAGAAGAAAAAGGGUAAGAGAGUUUGCAGAUAAGGCUAAAAGAGCCGUAGAGAAAGGGGGAUCCUCUCAUUCUAAUGUGAACUUGCUUAUCCAGGAUAUCAUGAAGAAAAAUCAUGACUAAAAUAUGAUCAUUUGACAUAAACCAUUUUUAUAGUAAAAGGCCACACCUUUUAGUUUUUUACUUAAUUAUCUAUCUUUCAAAUGCUGUUCAUGACAUCUGUCAUUAAGUUUAGUAUUUCCGCGCGUUGAUGAAUUUUCUAAUAAAUCUCUGUCAUUAGUGGGAUGUAACUAUUUGACUCAGAAACAUUAUAGAUUAGAGUAAUUUUCUUUAUGAA